AUGGGAACUAACAAACUUGAAAAUCUGAAGAACAGUAUAAAUACAUUUGAAAUAUUUAUGAACCAAUAUAUUGUAAAAUACAAAAAUAGCAAAGUUUGCUAUAUGUGUAAGAACAAAAUAAAUAUGAAUGAUGUUCAAAAAAUGGAAGAUAUUUGCCCCAAAAUGUGGAAAUAUUUUCAUGGCAUAAUUAACCAGCCACAAUGUCCUCUACAAAGCUUUGGAAAAGUUUUAAAAGUAAAAGAUUUAAGGUUUGAAGAACUAGAAAAGUAUAAGGAUAUUUUACAAAGAAAGUAA